AUGGCAUCACUUCCAGUGCCUCCACCUCAACUGCCCCUUAUUCCUGGCACCGCCCUGAGAAUGACAUCCAUCGGGCUUGACGUGGACUGCCUGACCUGCGGAAUAGCAGUAACUGUGACAAUAUAUCAGUCCAAUAGGAAUGGCAAUGCUAGUAAGCUAAUGGCACGACAUGGGCCUUGUGGUUUCUUCAAGUGGUUCCCGGAACUGUUCGACUAUCCAGAAAUUCUGGCCUGCAUGCCUCGUUCGUCUUCAAGCCCUCAGCUUUCUGCAGUGCCUGCCCUCUCACAGAGCAAGAGACCCCAGAAGUGUGGCCCUGAUUGUGCAUGA